AUGGCAAUGGCAAAUAUCGAUUAUGAUUUCUUGAUGAAAUUUCUCGCACUCGGUGAUUCUGGUGUGGGCAAGACAAGUUUUUUAUAUCAAUAUACAGAUGGACAAUUUCACUCAAAAUUCAUAUCCACAGUGGGUAUUGAUUUUCGGGAGAAGCGGUUGAUCUACACAUAUCGCGGCCGCAAUCAUCGCAUUCAUCUACAACUCUGGGACACUGCCGGUCAGGAGCGUUUUCGUUCGUUGACCACUGCUUUCUAUCGCGACGCCAUGGGCUUUCUGCUCAUCUUCGAUAUGACCAACGAGAAAUCAUUCCUUGAAAUCACCAAUUGGUUAGAGCAAUUGCGCAUGCAUGCCUACUCCGAGGAUCCGGAUGUAGUGUUGUGUGGCAAUAAAUGCGAUUUGGAGGCAGCGCGUGCGGUUAGUCAUGAACAGGUACGAGCACUUGCCGAUCGCUAUGGUUUGCCCUACAUCGAAACAAGCGCAUGCACUGGCUUCAACAUUCGACAGGCUGUGGAAUUGCUGGUGGAACGCGUAAUGAUACGCAUGGAGAAUGUAGCAACUAAUUCCGAACUAUCGCGACUGAUGACACAGACACGUUGCAUGCCAAAUAUAGGAUUUCCCGGUGGUGGAGGUGGUGGUAAUGGGGGUACGGUGCGUCUUGGUUAUGGCGAUACUGAACUGACUGAGGAGCAGGAGCAAGAUAGAAAUUGCAGGUGUUAAAAGUACGGCCAUACUCUUUUAACUAAUUAAACUAUGCAUAUUUGCUGUUUGGUACAAUAAUAGUUUAAUAUACUAAUACCUAGUAGUUAGCUGUGUGAGUUUGUGAAAGCGACUUUUUAAAACAAAGUGGUGCCAAUGUUGUUACAAAUUUAAAUAAAAGAAAAUACCUAUUUAAUAUACAUACUUAAAAAAAUGCUCAAUUCUUGUAAU